GAACCGGCCACCAUCCUGGGCAUGGAAUUUAUUCCCCCUCCGUUUUGCCUACAGCCCCCAGUGUUCCAUUAAUGAGGUGUCAAACAGGCCGUGCCAUUUGCAGAAAACUUUAAUGGAGAUACAAGAGAGGCUAUAGAUGAUGGAAAUAUGGAGCAACAUGCAAAGUGCUGGAGGAACUCAGCAGGUACAAUCGGAGAACUGCAAGGUAAAGAGGAACGCAAACAGGGGGAAGUCUGCAGAUGCUGGAAAUUCAAGCAACACACACAAAAUGCUGGUGGAACGCAGCAGGCCAGGCAGCAUCUAUAGGAAGAGGUUCUUUUAAAGACCCUGACCUGGAGUUACAUGCUGACUUUGGUUCUUUGUGGGAAUGGGACCUGCUCUCAGGGCCUCACAACUGGCCGUUUUUCGAUAUGCCAAGCUUGGGGCCUAGAAGACUAGCGCACCUUCAGAGUGCCGGAUUUUCAUGGCUCUGGAGGCCGGCGGAUUCGAGAGGAAUUGUGUGGCUAAGUCCAGCUCCAACACCACAUACAAGUUUGCUGAUGACGCUAUUGCUGUGGGCUGUAUCAAAGAGGGUGAUGAACCAGCAUACAGGAGGGAGAUUGAAAACUUGGCUGAGUGACAAACUCCUCUCACUCAAUGUUAUUAAGAGCAAGGAGCUGAUUGUAGACUUCAGGAGAGGGAAACCAGAGGUCCAUGAGCCAGUAAUCAUCGAAGAGGUGGAGAGGGUCAGUAACUUUAAAUUCCUGGAUGUCACUAUCUCAGAGGACUUGUCUUGGACCCAUCAUGGAAAUAUUAUUGCGAAGAAAACACGACAGCGGCUCUACUUCCUCAGGAGUCUGUGGAGGUUCAGCAUGUCAUUGAAAACCUUGGCAAACCUCUAUAGACGUAUAGUGGAAAGUGUGUUGACUGGCUGUAUUACUGCCUGGUAUGGGAACACCAAUGCCUUUGAGUGGGAAAUCCUACAAAAGGUAGUGUAUUUGGCCCAGUGCAUCAUAUGUAAAACCACUGAGCACAUUUACAUGAAAGGAUGCCAUAAAAAAAGCAGCAUCCACCAUCAAAGAGCCUCACCACCCAGGCCAUGCUCUUUUCUCACUGCUGCCAUCAGGUAGAAGGUACAGGGGCCUCAGGACUCACACCACCAGGUUCAAGAACAGUUACUACCCCUCAACCAUCAGGCUCUUGAACAAAAGGGGAUAACUACACUCAUUUAAGUGGGCACAUGGCCAAGUGGUUAAGGCAUUGGACUAGCUACCUGAAGGUCGUGAGUUCAAGCCCCA